AUGGGUGUAGCAAAUUGUUAUCCUUGUGCUAAAUAUCUUCUUCUCGUCUUGAAUCUUUUCUUCUGGUUAAGUGGUUUAGCUUUGAUACUUCUUGGCAUCUAUUCUCUGCUACUUCCUGAAGUUCAACAUAUAAUUCAAUUGUUUAACUUUACUACUCUACCAUUAUCAUCGAUUGAAAUCGCCGUUUGUUUAAUCUUACUGUUCGGCAUCAUCAUUUUCCUCAUUGGACUUUUUGGAUAUUGCGGAGCGAAACGAGAAUCACGGACGUGCCUUAUACUUUAUAUUGUUUUGAUAACAUGCGUACUUCUACUUGAAUUAGCUUUAUUUGUAUACAUAGCCAUGUAUUAUGAUCAAGGUCAAUUACUUGUGAAACAACGUCUUGUAUCACAGAUGAAAAAAUACAAUCACAUGUACCCGAGUCAAUAUGAAAAAGCAAUUGAUUAUAUUCAAAGCAAGUAUCAUUGCUGCGGUAUUGAUUCGGCGUAUGAUUACAGUGACUCUCAUGUCCCAUUAUCAUGUUGUUCGAUAGUCUCGACAACAUCCUGUACGGUUCAUCAAGUGGGACUAACAGGAACACCGGGAUGCUAUUCGUCUCUCACUCAAACAACGUUUUUCUGGGGCAAAUUUUUUAUUCUGCUGGAAAUAGGCCUAUGUGGUCUUUCGUUAAUAGGCGUUUUUCUUGCCAUUUGUGUUUGUCAAAAUGCGAUGCUGUACGAUGAAUAUACUCAAACACCUUAUUACAUCUAA